UCUCCAGAGGGACCGCGCGGCGCCUGUGCUCUCUCUUAGGCCCGCCUCUUCCGGCCGGCCCUUGUAGGCGUGGCGACGCUGGCAAGAUGGCGGCGCCCGAGACGUUGGUGCUUCCGGAGAAACCUAGCCACAGAAAGUAUAGGGCGGCCCUGAAGAAGGAGAAACGAAAGAAACGUCGGCAGGAACUCGCUCGAUUGAGAGACUCAGGACUCUCACAGAAGGAGGAGGAGGAAGAAUCUUUUAUUGAACAUCACCAACUAGAAGAAGAGAAGCUAUUGGAGAUAGAGAGGCAAAAAUUGCAUGAGGAAUGGUUGCUACGGGAGCAGAAGGCACAAGAAGAAUUCAGAAUAAAGAAGGAAAAGGAAGAGGCAGCUAGAAAACGGCAGGAAGAACAAGAGAGAAAGUUAAAAGAAGAAUGGGAAGAACAGCAGAGAAAAGAGAAAGAAGAGGAGGAGCAGAAGCUACAGGAGAAGAAAGAGCGAGAGGAAGCUGUGCAGAAGAUGCUGGAGCGGGCUGAAAAUGAGCUGGAAAAUGGUACCACAUGGCAAAACCCAGAACCGCCCACCGACUUAAGAAUAGUGGAGAAAGAUCGAGCUAAUUGCCCAUUCUACAGCAAAACAGGAGCUUGCAGAUUUGGAGAUAGGUGUUCACGUAAACACAAUUUCCCGACAUCAAGUCCCACCCUUCUUAUUCGAAGCAUGUUUACUACGUUUGGAAUGGAGCAGUGCCGAAGGGACGACUAUGACCCCGACGCCAGCCUGGAGUACAGCGAGGAGGAGACCUACCAGCAGUUCCUGGACUUCUAUGAGGAUGUGCUCCCGGAGUUCAGAAACGUGGGGAAGGUGAUCCAGUUCAAGGUCAGCUGCAAUUUGGAACCUCAUCUGAGGGGCAAUGUGUAUGUUCAAUAUCAAUCGGAAGAAGAAUGCCAAGCGGCCCUUUCUCUGUUUAACGGACGAUGGUAUGCAGGACGACAGCUUCAGUGUGAAUUCUGCCCAGUGACCCGGUGGAAAAUGGCAAUCUGUGGUUUAUUUGAAAUACAACAGUGUCCAAGAGGAAAGCACUGCAACUUUCUUCAUGUGUUCAGAAAUCCCAACAAUGAGUUUUGGGAGGCUAAUAGGGACAUCUACCUGUCUCCAGAUCGGACUGGGUCCUCUGGGAAGAACUCCGAGAGGAGAGAGAGGAUGGGCCACCGUGACGAAUACUAUAGCAGGCCCAGGCGGAGGAGAAGCCCGAGUCCCGCCCACUCCUACAAAAGGAAUGGGGAAACUGAGAGAAAAAGGAGAAGUAGCCACAAGGGGAAGAAAUCUCACAAACACACAUCAAAAAGUGGGGAAAGGCACAGUUCACGAAGCAGAGGAAGAAAAAGGGACCGGGGCCGGGGCCGCCAUAGCCGCAGCCGCAGCCACAGCCGCAGCCGCAGCCGCAGCCGCAGCCACAGCCGCAGCCGCAGCCGCAGCCCCUCUAGGUCCAGGAGUCAUGGCGGGAGGAGGUCAGGUAGUAGAGACCGAACUGUUCUGAGUCCCAAACGCAAAUAAACUGCUAUUGCUCU